AUGCUAGAGCUAGCAAUCGCCUCUCGUCUCGAAAAGGCCGUGGGUGAUAUCGAGGAGGUCAUGCAAAUAUGCCAGGCCCCUUCUAUAUCGUUUGGCGUGGUACACAAAGGAGAGGUAGUCCUCAGGAAGAGUCUCGGACUUAGAGAUGUCGAAGGCCAGCUGGAGGCAAAUCCAGACAGCAUCUACAUGCUGGGCUCAUGCUCGAAGAUGUUCACGGCCGCCGCGGUAGGGCAUCUCGUCGCCCAGGGAAAGAUGGACUGGCUGGAUCUCGUCCAAAAGCACCUGCCGGAGUUUGAUCCCAUCGGAGAUCCAGAUAUUGGGAAACAAGCAGACAUAAUCGACACGAUGCGCCAUUCCACGGGUCUCUCGGAUCCAAUCGGCCUAUAUCUCGGGCCCGGCAACACGGUUCUCGACGACGACGAGGGCUUCAUUGAGGUGCUCAACCAGAUGCCGACAAGCAACGACGAAGGACAGCGGUUCAACUCUUACUGGAUGUAUAACAACGGAGCAUAUGGCCUGGUAUCGAAAGUCGUGGAGAGAGUCGCACGCGCCCGCUUCUCGACCUACGUGAGAGAAAACGUCUUCAAGCCAUUAGGAAUGACUCGGUCUGCCGUGACCAGGUCGGACAUCGACGGGAACAUCGCAUACCCUCACGUUCAGCUGGAUGAUCAAACUUUCACCAAGCUGCCAUAUCAAUUCCUAGGAUGCGAAGAGAAUAACCCGAUGCUCGCGGUCAUGGGUAUGGGCGCCUCGCUGAACGACAUGCUGACGUGGGCCACUGCCAUUCUCUCCGCUGAGCGACACGAGCAGCAACAAUCCACCGAGGAUGAGGCCAGUUCCGACCAGGAGGGAUCACCGACCAGCGUUUCCAAUGGGUCAUCAUACAGCUCCCCUGGACGAACAACGCCUAGCCCGCUCAAAUACGUCAGCAAAGUCCGAAAAGCCUACUACACAAGGCCAACCAAAGACCGGUUCCAAAAUGAGGCAGCCUACUGUAUGGGCUGGCUCCGGUUAACAAUGCCUUCGUCAUUACUCGGAGAACUCAGCUUCAACACCAUGACAAAGCCAGACAGCGAACCAUACAUGCUCGGCCAGGAAUCCCCACAACGUCUCGCGAUCGGCCACAACGGUGGCGUGAUGGGAUCUCUAUCCGCCAUCUGGACGUUCCCCGAGACGGACAGCGCCGUAGUCGCCCUAGCCAACGGCCGCAGCAUCGGCGACGCGGCAGAUUUCACGGCACAGAUCUUGAUCCAAGCGCUUUUUGACCUCCAGCCAAAAGUUGACAUUGUCUCGUGGGCGCGGAAAGAGCGAGACCUGACACACAAAUGGUUUGAAGAGAAGUACUUGCAGCCAUGGCGGAGCAGAGAUCUCUCAAACCAUGACAUUCCCCGCCGAGACAGCUCUGCCUAUGUGGGUCGGUACCAGGGUUUCAACGGCACAUAUACCUUCAACAUAGUUCCCCAGCCGCCCGAAAAGCAAUCGGAGACGGGAUCCCAGCUGGCCAUGGCCUUCAAGCACAGUGAUCCAGACACAAUGCGUCCUCUGUACUUCGCCGAUACAGAUGCGUACACAUUCUUUCCGGGGUCGUGGAAUCGCUGGCUUGUCGACUCGAUGCCGUCCCUGGCAUACGAGUCCUCGGUUUUGAGGUUUAAGUGGGACGAAGCACGGUCUAGGAUAGAAGGUCUCUGGUGGAUUUGUGUAGAUGAAAAGCCAUCGUGGUUUUCACGCGUGGAAGAGCAAUGA